GAGACAGCCGCUACAUCUCUGCCUCAAGCAACCAUGUCAGAUUCAGUCAAGCAAAUUACCCGCCAGUUGACCAUCAAGACCGGCUCCCUCAAACGCUUGGCGAAAGAGGUCGACCUGUACAAGAAGGAGUAUGCCGAGCAGUCACAUGUCGUCGAGCGGUUAUCGAGCGCAAAUGGAGACGAGUGGGAGCUCAAGAACGCCCGUAAAGUGUUGAAAGACUGUGAACAGAUGUUAGCUCCUUCGCAAGAACGAGUCAAGGAGGCGUUUGACGACCUCUCCGCAUUGGUUGAAGAUACGGCCGAGGAGGAAGAGAUCGUCUCUACCGCGGAAUAUGGAAAGGCCAAGGAACUCCUCGGUCAGAUCGACGUCUCUGGCGGUCAAGCUCUCGAGUAAGAUCUGCGAAGUUCAGCCGACAAGCGUUCCUCGAUUCCCAGCUCGACAUCUCAUGGAGGAACACUCAAGGACUCAGCGUUACCUUCUUUUUUCCCAAUUUAACCAACCGCACUGUAAAGCACAGCGUCCUCAGCAUCUAUUGUAUCGAAUUAUCACAAUUAUAUCCGGCAUCCGACAUGACCUUUGAGAAGUAUCGCCCAUACACUUCGCACGAUGUCGA